GAAGCAACACUGACUUGAACAAUUGUGAAGUAGCAUCUGAAGCCCCAAGAAAAAGAUUGGACUUCCUGCUCAUUUGAGGAAGAACACAGCCACGGAUCCUGCCGGUAGUGUAGUGAUAGAGUCUGACCUCUUCCAACUUAAGACUUAGGGAUUUUUAACUGCUUUGUCCUGACUCCUGUUACAUCUGCUCAGAAGAUGGCUGAUCCUUGGCAGGAAUGCAUGGACUAUGCAGUCACCCUAGCAAGACAGGCUGGAGAGGUGGUUCGUGAAGCUAUAAAAAAUGAAAUGAAUGUCAUGGUUAAAAGUUCUCCAGCUGAUUUGGUAACAGCUACUGACCAAAAAAUUGAAAAAAUGCUUCUCUCUUCCAUAAAGGAAAAGUAUCCAUCUCACAGUUUCAUUGGUGAGGAAUCUGUGGCAGCUGGGGAAAAAAGUGUCUUAACUGACAGCCCUACAUGGAUCAUUGACCCUAUUGAUGGAACAACUAAUUUUGUCCAUAGGUUUCCUUUUGUAGCUGUUUCAAUUGGCUUUACUGUAAAUAAAAAGAUGGAAUUUGGAGUUGUAUACAGUUGCCUGGAGGAUAAGAUGUAUACCGGCAGGAAAGGAAAGGGAGCCUUUUGUAAUGGUCAAAAACUACAGGUUUCAAAACAAGAAGAUAUUACCAAAUCACUCUUGGUGACAGAGUUUGGCUCUUCUAGAACACCAGAGACUGUAAGAAUUAUUCUUUCUAAUCUGGAAAGGCUUUUGUGUGUUCCCAUUCAUGGGAUCCGAGGUGUUGGAACAGCAGCUAUUAAUAUGUGCCUUGUGGCAACUGGCGUUGCAGAUGCAUAUUAUGAAAUGGGAAUUCAUUGCUGGGAUAUGGCAGGAGCUGGCAUCAUUGUUACCGAAGCUGGUGGAGUGCUAAUGGAUGUGACAGGUGAGCCAUUUGACUUGAUGUCACGAAGAAUAAUUGCUGCAAAUAGUAAAACAUUAGCAGAAAGGAUAGCCAGAGAAAUUCAAGUAGUACCGUUUCAAAGAGAUGAUGAAGAUUAACUGCAACAGCCUCGUGUAUUCAGUCACGGUUCCAUCGCCCCUGUAUUUGCUGACACACUGAUGAUGUUAUAAAAUUUAGGACGUUUAUUUCAGAUGUAUGAUUGGCUUAAGUUGUCUUUGAUAUCCAGAUUAAAAAAUUGCAGUUUGUUGUAUAUUUUACUAAGACUAGGUAUGCGAGAAUACAUGAAAUGUUGCAUUGUUUUAACAAACUUUGCUUGUGAGAGUGCACUUUGGGAAAGAUAUACAGGUAGUUGAUAAGACAGUAUCAUCGAUUGAAAUAGCAGUUUAGAGUUUCUAAGUAUAUAUGAGCCUCUGAAAUUCUGACUGUGUACAUAAGCAUUCUUAACUACAAAGUCAACUUUUUGGAAAAAAUUUUCUUUAGUUCCCAAAGCCAUAUUUAAUUAAAUUUGUAAGAAUUAAUGGGUCCUUCCUAGACCAAGGUUUUUUUUCUUUGCAGAGAACCUUGUUUUAUUCAUCAGUGUACACGUAGCUCCUAGCAGAGUAUUUGUUAAACACGGGCGGUCUAAAAAUAAGCAUUCAAAAGAUAUUUUGAAGGUAGCAAUUCCUAGUUAUACAUAAAGCAAUGAGCUCACCCUUUAUUUUUACUUCAGGUGUUAAAGAUGAUCUCAUCCUUUUCAUAUUUUACGAUAUCAUUCCUUUUAACUCUUCACAUUGCCAUAUCAUUUCAAUUCCUGUACCAUCAGGUAUCCUUUCUACUUGUGGGCAUUUCUGCAGUUAAUGUUUUCCAAGACACUACAGUAUUUGUUUGGAAUCUUUUAAAGUCCCAAUGUUUAAAAAAAGAAGUUUCAAAACAUUAUCAGGCAUCUAAUUUAAAUUCUAUAAUUAGAGUAUCAAAUUGUACUAAAUUCAGGGGCUCCUGGGUGACUCAGUUGGUUAAGCGUCCGACCUCGGCUCAGGUCGUGAUCUCACGGUUCGUGGGUUCAAGCCCCGCAGCGGGCUCUGUGCUGACAGCUCAGAGCCUAGAGCCUGCUACAGAUUCUGUGUCUCCCUCAUGCACUCUCUCAAAAACAACCAAACAUUUAAAAAAACUGUACUAAAUUCAAUAUUAAUGUUUGAAAGUUGUUCCUACUGAUCUUGUUGCGCACAGGAGAUCUACAAUCUGGCAGGUAAACUGUAUUAUUAAUUGAAUGGUGUUUUUUUUCCCCACACUCCUUAAUUUUGUUGCCACUGGAUUCUAUUCAGUCUUUAAAUAUUCCUUACUAGUCUUUGUCUUAGGAAACUCAAAGAAAAUUGUUCUGGUUCAUAAACAUUUUAAAUAAGGUCAACUGACUGCUUAGCCUUGUCCUUUGACACUUGAAUAGACUAUUAAUUUUUGUUAGUCUCAUGUGAACCUUGUAUUUGAUAAAAGGAAAAGUACAUUUAUAAAGUUUAAGGUAGGGGAUUAUUGUGCACUUCAAUAUACUAAGAUUUGAGUAUUGUAAUUAUUUACUGUUGGUCAUGUGCAGUAAAAAUAUACUGUAUUCUGUGGUUAAUUUUGCAAUUAAAUUUAAGAUUCAUAAAAUUUUAAGUAUAACUGAACCUUGUUAAAGUUUAUAGUUUAUGUUUGAGAUUUGUGUUGAGUUGUAAAUGUUGAAGAUUUGUGUUGAGUUGUAAAUGUUGACACUUGCAGUUGUGGCUGAAUGUAUGUUCUUGGUUUUUUUUU